AUGGCCGGCAUGACCGGGUUGCAAGCUGCAAACGCUGCACCUAUCACGGCCACAGACAGUUUAACACAAGCACUUAAAGCUAACAUAAUCCCUAACCAAGAAUACUUAUUACAGGGUUCUGUACUGGAUUCGGCAGUCGAAGUCCUUCUUCAUCGCCUCCGUGGUUUAUGUGACAAUGUUGACGCUGGACCAGAGACAUUUGACGACCAAGAAGUCUGUUUUAGCUUGCGAGAUCCUAAUCAGCAGGCAGCGCCAUUAAUGCUGCGUGUGAGAAAAGCCCUGGAUGCUCGUGAUAUGCCAUUCCAACUCAGAUAUAUUGGCCAGCCAGACCUAGGAGACAAGAACCGUCCCACAGUAGUCAGGUCUAGCCUCGACAUAGCCUGCAGUGGCAUGCUCAUUGAGUUUCUCAAUGAACUUGGCUGUCGGAUAGAAUUUGAAUACAGUGUCAAAGGUUACAUGUUCAGAAAAGGACGCAUGAAGAUAACAGUAGCAAAGGUGUUUAAGAUAUCCCAAGGUUCAAUGCCUCCAGAGCCUAUAUCACAGAGUUAUCUUGUAGAAUUAUCCGUAUUAGCUCCCCAAGGUCAAGACGCUAUUGCAGAGGAUAUGCGUGCUUUCGCCGAUCAGCUGCGCCCCCUUGUACAAUUAGACAAAAUUGACUACAAACGUCUUGGCCACAUGACUGGCGCCUAG